AGCUGUAUUUGAGCUUGUUCGCUAGCUACUAGCUAUUCCAUAUUAAUUAUGGCUUUGAUAUGGAAAAUUAUGUCUGUUUUGAAUAUAGUUCUUGUUGUAUUGCUAUCUAAGAAAAUCACUGUAGUUGCAACGCAUUCACAAUGGUCGAAUGAAAAAAAAUAUAAUGUCCAGACAAGUGAAGAUCUUGUAACAGACUUGCCGGGUCAGCCUAAUGUAGAAUUCCAACACUAUGCUGGAUAUGUGACUGUAAAUGAAAAGAAUGGCAGGGCUCUAUUUUACUGGUUUUAUGAAGCUUGGACUCUACCACAUGAGAAGCCUUUAGUGCUGUGGCUUAAUGGAGGUCCUGGGUGUUCUUCCGUGGGUUAUGGGGCUACACAAGAGAUUGGACCAUUCUUAGUGAGCACAGAUGGAAAAGGUCUUCGGUUAAAUCCAUACUCAUGGAAUAGAGAAGCAAAUAUGUUGUUUCUCGAAUCUCCUGUUGGUGUUGGAUUUUCGUACUCCAACACAACUAGCGAUUACGAUAACCUUGGAGAUGACCUCACCGCAAACGAUGCGUAUGUGUUCCUACAUAAUUGGUUCCUCAAGUUUCCUUCAUAUAGAAAUAGAACAUUCUAUAUUGCUGGAGAGAGCUAUGCAGGAAAAUAUGUUCCAGAAUUGGCAGGUCUUAUUCAAGAUAAAAACAAGGACCCAUCAAUGUUUAUAAAUCUUAAAGGAAUAUUGCUAGGUAACCCUGAAACAAACGAUGCUGAAGACUGGAAAGGGAUGAUAGACUAUGCUUGGAGCCACGCUGUGGUAUCUGAUGAAACUCACAAAACCAUAAGAGAAUCUUGUGACUUCAACAGUAACAAUAUCUGGAGCAACGAUGAUUGUAGCCAAGGUGUGGAUGAAGUUCUCAGACAAUAUAAAGAGAUAGACAUGUAUAGCCUCUACACAUCGGUCUGUAUUCCCAAUUCCGCAUACACAGAAAAUAAAGGCAUGCAAUAUGUGUUCAAGAAAAGUUCAUCUAUGAUGAUGCCACGCAUAAUGGGAGGCUAUGAUCCUUGCCUUGAUGACUACGCUAAAAGUUAUUACAAUAUACUUGAAGUUCAGAAGGCUCUGCACGUUGGGGAUGGUCAUCAACUCAAGAACUGGAGCAUUUGCAAUGUGGAUAUAUUUGAUGGCUGGGCACAAACCAAAGCAUCUGUUAUUCCGAUAUACAAAAAAUUAAUUGCUGCAAAACUUAGAAUAUGGGUCUACAGUGGAGAUACCGAUGGAAGAGUCCCUGUGUUGUCCACAAGAUAUAGUUUAAGCUCUCUUGGACUGCCUAUUAUUCGAGCAUGGAGGCCUUGGUACCAUCAGAAGCAGGUUGCUGGUUGGCUUCAAGAAUAUAGAGGGCUUAGUUUCGCUACAUUUAGAGGAGCUGGUCAUGCAGUGCCCAUUUUUAAACCAAGUGAAUCGCUAGCAUUCUUUGCUUCCUUUCUCCUCGGCGAGUCUCCAUCAUCCCAACGAUAACUUUGUCAUCCAUGCCUGAAGUAUUCUCACCGAUCACAUCACUAUGAAUUAUCUCUAGAGAACAACUAGUACUACUAAGCUCGUUAAGCAUCCCCUACUUUCUUCUAGUCUUUUUUUGGAACAAGAGAUCUUUUGUUGUGUGAUUUCUCCCUAAAAAUGUUCAAUAAAAUAAAUGAAAAUUCUGGCUGCC